UUUGCAACUAUUUUCAUCUAUUAUAUCCAACAUUUCAGAUAAUUGAUAUAAUUAUUUUAAUUUGAUUUCAACAGAAAUGAAGCUUACGGGACUUAUUCAACCAACCAACCAAAAUAAGAAUACUUCCUUUAAAUGGAAAAACCGUUUUCAAGAUUUGAAACAAUUGAGAAAUUGGAACAUAAACGUGGCUAAACUUUAUACAUACCAUUCCUUAUCUUACAGUAUAUUCAACACUACGAAAGAUAGAAUAAUUUAGACUUGUUAUCAGUAAUUAAUCAUAGUUAUUCCGAAAAGCCAGGAUAUAAAUAUCAUUCAAAAAUAUGAUCUUUGUUCUACUAGUGUUAAGCUUUUCUCUUAGAAGUGUAUCGAGCCAGGUUCCUUUGGCAGGAACAUGUCCAAAGGUUGAAGGUCAGGAAGACUUUGAUCUAGACAAGUACUACGGUACAUGGUAUGAGAUCACGAAAUUCUACACGAGUUUCGAGAAUGGACAAAAAUGUAACACAGUCACAUAUAGUCCCAAACUCAAUGGCCAUAUUGAGAUAUUCAACGAAGGCUUUGACAAAGAAUACCAUGAAAUUAAUACUACGGAUGAUGCCUAUAUACCAGACAAGACUGAGAAAUCUACGAUCAAGGUCCAGUUCAGCCAAGGUGCGCCGUACUCGGACUACUGGAUCCUCGACACGGACUAUGCCACAUACUCACUGAUUUUCUCGUGCAUCAACAUCUCUGACGUUAGUCACCUUGAGUAUUCAUGGAUUCUCGCUCGAAAACCGUUGCUCGACCACAGCGUUCGCAAACGCCUUUAUCAGAAGUUGGAAUCGUUCAAGGUGGACACCAAACACUUUAUAGACGAUGACCAGUCUAGCUGUUACUGGAGCAUAAAUUGAAUGACUUUUGAUAAUGUUUGUUUUAUAUUACCAGACUAUUUUUAAACGUGUACAACAAGUAAACGUUUUUUUAUUUAUAAAGUUUCAUUAUAUAUUACAUUUCAUU